AUGAAAAUUCCAGAACAUCGAAAGUGGAUGUACAAUAGAAAUUUGCCAAAUCGAGGAGGAUUACGACAGGAAUUUAUCAAUGGUGUUCGACAUUUUAUUGAUACAGUAAAACAGGAAUUUAUACUUGAAGGUGGUGUACUUAGAUGUCCUUGCAACAAACAUAAAAAUAAAGUUUUUUCAUCUCCGAAAGAGGUUUCACUAGAUUUAUAUAAAUAUGAUUUCAUGCUAAGAUACUGGUGGUGGGAUUCACAUGGAGAGAGUCCAUUGCAUUUGAAUGUAGAUUAUAAUAAUCAAGAAGGCACAUGUUCUUCUCCUCAUGCUAGUGUGCCAAUAAGAAAUUCGUAUGAAUCUAUGGUGGUUGAUGCUACUGGACCAGAAUUGAUGAGUCAAUUUGAAGAAUACAUGGAGAAGCCUCCGAAUGCAGAAGCUAAAAAAUUUUAUGAUUUAUUACAGUCUGCUCAACGCCCAUUAUUUGAGGGAUGUGUUGGUCAUUCAGAAUUAUCAAUGGCAGUUAAAAUGUUGAGUAUUAAAGCUAAAGGGAAUGUAUCUCAACAAAUCUUUGAUGAUUUCGUGAAAGCUAUGAAAGAAGUGAUGCCUAAGGAUAACUUACUUGUCUCCAAUUUUUAUGAAGCAAAGAAGCUAGUAUCAAAACUUGGUAUGGAAAGCAAGAAAAUUGAUUGUUGCAUUAAUGGUUGUAUGCUAUAUUACAAGAAGGAUGAUAUACCAAGAAAGGAAUGUAAAUUUUGCCAUUCUCCAAGGUACAAGAUGGGUAAAAAAGGUAAAGAAGUGCCUUUGAAACGAAUGCACUAUUUACCGCUUAUACCUCGUUUAAGAAGACUUUAUACUUCAAUGCACACAGCACCUCACAUGCGAUGGCAUUUUGAUCACGAAUUUAAAGGAAUUCUUGAGCAUCCAUCGGAUUCAAAAGCAUGGAAGUAUUUUGAUAGAAAAUAUCAACAAUUUUCUCAAGAACCACACAAUGUCAGACUAGGAUUAUGUGCUGAUAGAUUCACCCCUUUUGGUCAAUCUGGUAAACAAUAUUCAUGUUGGCCAAUAAUUGUCACUCCUUAUAAUCUGCCUCCUUCUAUGUGCAUGAAAACUCCUUACAAGUUUUUAUCCAUGAUUAUCCCUGGUCCUCGUAAUCCCAAAACUAGGAUUGAUGUAUACCUGCAGCCAUUGAUUGAUGAGCUAAAACUACUAUGGGAAGAUGGUGUUUUAACUUAUGAUAUUCAUUCCAAGUCAAAUUUUGUAAUGCGAGCUGCCUUGUUGUGGACUAUUAAUGAUUUUCUUGCAUAUGGGAUGUUGUCUGGAUGA